AUGGAAGUGCGACAGGUGGUGGGCGAAAACAGCCGCGCAGAGCCUGUUCGCAUCGGCUGCAUCGCUUUUUGCCCAUGGGUUAAUUGCACCAGUGUCAAGGCGGUUCACCUCGUGUCUUCUAUGUCCUUCUGGUGCCUCCUCAGUCCAAUAACCUACCGGAAUCUCGCAACAACCCAGAACUCUUCCCUCGCCUACUGUUUGACAUCAAUGUUUGCCUCGUUGAAGCGCGGACAAGGAGCAUUGCGCCUGCGAGUUCCCGGCGCACCGUCACUACGUCGGCCUUUACUCAGCUCUACGGCAGCUGCUGCAGUUUUGCCCUCGAAAGCCAUUCGUCGUGUCGCGCGCUCGGCAGUAAGGAGCCUGCGGCCGAGCGCAUCAUCGCGCACAAUGACGCGGGAGGCCCUGAUCCUGGGCUUGGAGUCGCUGGAAGCGACUUCGCCUGCAUUUCCGCCCCUAGAGGCGGUCGUAGGUGGCCUGAUGAAGCUACUCAACACGUAUGAGACCAUGGUACAGAACGAAGAUGACAGGAGGAGGCUAUACGAGCGUAUCGAUGCAAUGCAGGAGAACCUGGUCAUCGCCUGGGGCGAUAGAGACUUCAGCACUUGUCCGAUCUCCGAUGCGCAGGUCCGGGCUCUGGAGAGGCUUGAUAUCUCUAUACAGGAUAUCUUGCGCGAAGCCAGUGCGACAACCGGCGUAGGGCGCAGAGACGCCGUGAAGCGCUUCAUACUGGCGCGCAAGCACAAGGCGGACAUUUCGGACCUUCUGAGAAGCCUGUCAGAUGCAGACGACGACUUCCGCAGGUCUGUCGAGCUUGAUACAAGCCGCCGGUUGACCGAUGUGCAGAGCUCGAUAACGCUGUCUUCGGAGUCAUCUUCACAGCAACACGCUGUGUUACGGACCGAGAUUCGUAACUUGCACAUACUUCUCACACGCGUGCUGUGUACUCCUCUUAUCCUGGGCUUGUUCUCCAGAACAAUAUAA